UCAUAAGGCAAGCUGCGAUCCUACCGGUUUUGAAUGCGGUUCGAUUCUUGCUCAACCAGCAGCUCAUGUGGUUCCGACUACGAAUAAGUGGACCAGGCCCUUGAGUCUGGAUCCUGCAACACUGUGACUCUGCUGCCAGACUGCCUUGAUGUCUUCUUUUAACAGUGGGCUGGUGACAUCGCCAUGAUGUAGCAUGAUGCAACACCAUCGAACUGUCCCUGGUGAAGGGAUCGAUUUUGAGCGCCCAUGGAUACUAUAUAAUCAGCCAUUUCCAGAUGGUUAACUUUUCUCUCUCAGGUCAAACAAUUCUUCUCUACCACCAAACAAAUACCCAGCGAUAUUCCCCCUAUACCGCUCAAAUCAAUCUACCUAAACACAACCAACAUGUCUUCCGACGCACUUAACAUCGCCUACCAGGCCGAGAAGGAUCUCAACAGCUACCAGGCCAAGCAGGGUCUCGGCCCCAAGAGUGACUCCACUGCCGAGUCUGGCGUGAACGAGAUGGUCGACAAGAAGUUCUCUCAACCCACCGGCGUGGCAACUGGCCCUGGGGCUGUCCCUACAGGAAGCGACCGCAAGCCCAUUCGUGAAGAAGAGGGAGGUGUCCGUGAUGACCGUGGUCGAUUGGCACCCGCUGAAGAUUAUGAAGGCCCUGGAGGCCCUGAGGACAAGGUGAAGAUUCAAACAGAAACUCGCGGUGGAGACCAAGAUAAUCUCAAGCUUCAUUAAAGGAACUGCUUCAUAGAUUAGUGUACGGCCUGUAUAAUAAUUAAUUAUGAGGAAUGACCAUGAUUGACUCAACUUUUAC